GGUGCAGCAGCUCACUGCUCCUCCGCUCCUCAUCAUGUUGGACACGCUCACCUUCCUCCUGGAGAGACUCUUCCUCCUCGCGCACAUCAAGCUGUCCAGCCUGCUGCCUCCUCCUCCUCCUCCUCCUCCUCCUCCUCCUGCUGCUGCUGCUCCUCCCGCACCUCCUCCCGCUCCUCCCGCCUUCCAGCGGGGCGACCUGCUCGAGGUGCCGCGCACGCUCUUCACGCACUUCGGCAUCUACCUGGGGGAGGGCCGCGUGGCGCAUCUCAUCCCGGACGCGCUCCCGCUGCUGUGCGCAGACCGGCGGCGGGUGCAGGAGAUGGUCACGAACACGCGCCUGCUGCUCGGCGUGCUCUCCAAGCGCGCCAGCGUGCGCGUGGACUCUGUGGAGGACUUCGCGUACGGGGCCGCGGUGCUGCGCAACGCCGCGGACGCAACGGCGCGGCGGAGCGCGCUCCCCGCGGAGGAGGUGGCGCGGCGCGCGGAGCGGCGCGUGGGCGCAGUGUCCUACAGCCUGCUGUGGAACAACUGCGAGCACUUUGUCACGCACUGCCGCUACGGGGACGCGCGCAGCCUGCAGACGGAGCAGUUCUGUGAUUGGCUGAAGCGUGGUGUCCAGGACCGCCGUCUGGCCGGCGUGUCGUUGGCGUGGGUUCUGCUGUGGACGUGGUGUUCCGGCUUGUCGUGGAGCUCGGCGCUGCUCGGCGUCCUGCUGUCCUUCACGCUGUGGAUGGCGAGUUGA